UCUGCGCCUUGGAGGUGGGGGCCUCAGCGUAGGCGGGGUUGGUUGGAGGCCUGCCACCCACAUUCCAACCGCAAGCGACCUCCGAGAGGGCGGGGUCUCAGGCCUGGUUAUUUAGCUCGUCCACCCUUCUUCCCCACCACAAGGAUCGAAACGUGUUUGAGCAAGAUGGGUCUCUACCGCGUCCGCGUGUCCACUGGGGCCUCGCUCUGUGCGGGCUCCAACAACCAGGUGCAACUGUGGCUGGUCGGCCAGCACGGGGAGGCGGCGCUCGGGACGCGACUGCGGCCUGCACGGGGCAAGGUGACGGAAGUCAAGGUGGAAGUGCCCGAGUACCUGGGGCCGCUGCUGUUCGUGAAACUGCGCAAAAGACACCUCCUCCAGGACGACGCCUGGUUCUGCAGCUGGAUCUCCGUGCAGGGCCCCGGGGCCGCGGGGGAGGAAGUCAGGUUCCCUUGUUACCGCUGGGUGGAGGGCGACGGAGUCCUGAGCCUGCCUGAAGGCACCGGCCGCACUGUGUUCGACGACCCUCAAGGCCUGUUCAGGAAGCUCCGGGAAGAGGAGCUGGAAGAGAGAAGGAAGCGGUACCGGUGGGGAAGCUGGAAGGAUGGGCUGAUUCUGAAUAUGGCUGGGGCCAAACUGAGUGACCUCCCUGUGGAUGAGCGAUUUCUGGAAGACAAGAGAGUCGACUUUGAGGCUUCGCUGGCCAAGGGGCUGGCGGACCUCGCUAUCAAAGACACUUUCAACGUUCUGACUUGCUGGAAGGAUCUGGAUGACUUCAACCGGAUUUUCUGGUGUGGCCAGAGCAAGCUGGCAGAGCGUGUGCGGGACUCCUGGAAGGAAGAUGCCUUGUUUGGGUACCAGUUUCUUAAUGGCGCCAACCCCAUGGUGCUGAGGCGCUCCAGUUGCCUUCCCGCUCGCCUUGUGUUCCCUCCAGGGAUGGAGGAACUGCAGGCCCAGCUGCAGAAGGAGUUGGAGGGAGGCACACUGUUUGAAGCUGACUUCUCCCUGCUGGAUGGGAUCAAGGCCAAUGUCAUUCUGUGUAGUCAGCAGCACCUGGCUGCACCUCUGGUCAUGCUGAAACUGCAGCCUGAUGGGAAACUCUUGCCCAUGGUCAUCCAGCUUCAACUGCCCAGCACAGGAACCCCGCCACCUCUGCUCUUCUUGCCCACGGAUCCUCCAAUGGUCUGGCUUCUGGCCAAAUGCUGGGUCCGCAGCUCUGACUUCCAACUCCACGAGCUGCAGUCUCAUCUUCUGAGGGGACACUUGAUGGCUGAGGUCAUUGCUGUGGCCACCAUGAGGUGCCUUCCAUCAAUACAUCCUGUCUUCAAGCUUCUAAUUCCCCACCUGCGAUACACCCUGGAAAUUAACAUCCGGGCCAGGACUGGACUGGUCUCUGACAUGGGAGUUUUCGAUCAGGUGGUAAGCACCGGUGGGGGAGGCCACCUGGAGCUGCUCAAGCGAGCUGGAGCCUUUCUGACCUAUAGCUCCUUCUGUCCCCCGGAUGACUUGGCUGACCGGGGGCUCCUGGAAGUGAAGUCUUCCUUCUAUGCCCAAGAUGCCCUGCGGCUCUGGGAAACCAUCUCUCGGUAUGUGGAAGGAAUCGUGAGUCUCCACUAUAAGACAGACGUGGCUGUGAAAGGUGACACUGAGCUGCAGACCUGGUGUCGAGAGAUCACUGAAAUUGGGCUGCUAGGGGCCCAGGACCGAGGGUUUCCUGUCUCUUUACAGUCUCAGGAACAGCUCUGCCACUUUCUCACCAUGUGCAUCUUCACCUGCACGGGUCAACACUCCUCUGUCCACCUGGGCCAGCUGGACUGGUACACUUGGGUUCCUAAUGCACCCUGCACGAUGCGGUUGCCCCCGCCAACCACCAAGGAUGCGACAGUGGAGACGGUGAUGGCGACACUGCCCAACUUCCACCAAGCUUCUCUCCAGAUGUCCAUCACUUGGCAGCUGGGCAGACGCCAGCCCAUUAUGAAGACAUACUGGCGAUGCUUGGUCUGAUUUUUUUUUGUUGUUGUUUUUUGAGAUAGUCUCUCUCUGUUGCCCAGGCUGUAGUGCAGUGCCGAGAUCUUGGCUCACUGAAACCUCUGCCUCCAGGAUUCUCCUGCCUCAGCCUCCCAAGUAGCUUGGAUUACAGGCACCUGCCACCACACCUGGCUAAUUCUUUUGUAUUUUUAGUAGAGAUGGGGAUUUUACCAUGUUGGCCAGGCUGGUCUUGAACUCCCAACCUCAGGUGAUUUCCCCACCCCCCACCUCAGCCUCCCAAAGUGCUGGGAUAGCAGGCAUGAGCCUCUGUGCCCGGCCUGAAUUAUUUUUUUUUUUCCUGAAAAGAAAGAGUCUCACUCAGUCGCCCAGGCUGGAGUGCAGUGGCCCAGCCAUAGUUUUACAGAGACAGGGUCUCACUCUGUCGUCUAGGCUGGAGUGCAGUGGCAUGAAUGUGACUCAUGGCCUUGACCUCCUAAUAUUUUUUAUUUUAUUAGGUCAGGUGAUCCUCUCACCUUAGCCUCCCAAGUAGCUAGAACCACAGGCAGGUGUCACCACACCAGGCUAAUUUUUUUAAUUAAAUUUUUUGUAGCGAUGGGGUCUCUCCAGGUUGGUCUCAAACUGCUGGGCUUAAGAGAUCUUCCUGUGCCUCAGCCUCCCAAAGCGCUGAUAUUGCAGGCAUGAGCUCUGUGCCCUGUCUCGUGUGACUCUUUUUUUUUUCUUUGAGACAGAGUCUUGCACUGUCGCCCGGGCAGGAGUACAAUGUCAUGAUCUCGGCUCACUGCAAGCUCUGCCUCCCGGGUUCACACAAUUCUCCUGCCUUAGCCUCCCAAGUAGUUGGGAUUACAGGCACCCACCACCACACCUGGCUAAUUUUUUUUUUUUUGUAUUGUAUUUUUAGUACAGAUGGGGUUUCACUAUGUUGGCCAGAUUGGUCUCAAACUGUUGGCCUCGUGAUCCAUUAGCCUUGGCCUCCCAAGUGCUAGGAUUACAGGUAUGAGCCUCCUCACCCAGCCUGGUGUGACUCUGGAAGGAAGAAUUGUAAAUAAAUAGUAGAGAGGCAGGGGUAGAGUUUAACGCUGGAAUCUAGGAGAGUUUAAAAAGAAGCAGAGAGCAGGGUAGGUCUCCACACCAGCAACGAAGCAGUGCUGCAGCCUGGGGAGUGCUGCGGUGGGAGCAGGGCGAAUAAGGGGUGUGUGUGUGUGUGUGUGUGUGUGUGUGUGUGUGAUGUGUUUGUUUUGAGUCAGGGUUGUGCUCAGGGUGCCCAGGCUGGAGUACAAUGGCACAAUCUUGGCUCACUGCAACCUCCACCUCCCGGGUUCAAGUAAUUCUCCUGCCUCAGCCUCCCAAGUAGUUGGGAUUUCAAGUGCCCGCCACCAUGCCCAGCUAAUUUUUGUAUUUUUAGUAGAGACAGGGUCAACUUUUGACCUCGUGAUCUGCCCACCUCGGCCUCCCACGGUGCUGGGAUUACAGGCAUGAGCCACCUCGCCCAGCAGGAAAGGUUUUAAGUUAGCACAUGAUUUGGGUCCUGGGAGACAAACUCACAGAGGCACCUCCUUCCUCCUAGAGGCUACACCCUUCUUACAGGCCACGAACCUCUCUUUAGGGUCACACCCUCUUUUCCGUGGGGGCCACAACCUCAUCUUUGAUUCCUCAUCCAGUGCAUUCAUUCAAACAGCUUCUCUCCUCAGUCCCUGACAGAGAAAAUCUCAAAUCUCGUUGUUUUCUGGAAAUGAAUCUUUUAGAGCCUCAGAUUUAUUACAAAAAGACUUGCAUGGGGAAAGCCAAGACAUACAAUCUUCAUGUUCUCUCACACAUGAAGUCAUGCCCCAUCCCUUCCAGUGAAACUCCAGAAUAAAAAGCAAGGGGACAGAUAGAUAGAGAGUGACAGGUACAGUGCACAUGCCGGUAGUGCCAGGCACUUCGGAUGCUUGAGCUCAGGAGUUCAAGAUUGCAGUGGGCGGAUCACGAGGUCAGGAGAUUGAGUCCAUCCUGGCCAACAUAGUUAAAUCCCAUAUCUACUAAAAAUAGAAAAAUUAGCUGGGUGUGGUGGUGCAGGCCUGUAAUCCCAGCUCCUUAGGAGGCUGAGGCAUUAGAAUUGCUUGAACCUGAGAGACAGAGGUUGAAGUGAGCCAAGAUCGUGCCACUGCACUCCAGCCUGGUGAAAGAGUGAGACUCUGUCAAAGAAAGAAAGAGAGGGAGGGAGGGGGGAGGAGAGAGAGAGAGAGAGAGAGAGAGGGAAGGAAGUCGGGGAGGGAGGGAGGGAGGGAAAGAUUUACAAAUAUGAAGAAAAUUAAAUUUGAUGUCGUCUUCAGAGUAGUAUAUAGACUAUAAGACAUGGUGCCAAAAGUCACCACCCCCCUCAUGAAAGCAUAGCUGAGCAUCCCAGCUGGACUCAUUCAUUCUCUGAACUCAUUCAUUGAUUUGUUCAACAAAGAUUUGUUUACCACUCUCUGAACUCAUUCUCUGAAUUCACUCAUUCAUUAAUUUGUCCAAAUAUCUAUUGAACAUCUAUUGAGUACCAAGACCUGUGUUCAACACUAAGGUUAGAUGAAAGUAAAACACAGUCUCUGCCUUCUGUGGAGUUUAUAUAUGCACAGCUAUUUAGCAUAACAAUUCAAUUCCACAUCUAGGGAUUUCUUCUACAGAUACAACUGCACAUGUGCAAAAGGAUGUAACUGUAUGUAAAAAGCUAUUCACUGUGGCCGGGCACAAUGUCUCACGCCUGUAAUCUCAGGACUUGGGGAGGCCAAGGCGGGUAGAUCACGAGGUCAGCAGUUCAAGACCAGUUAGACCAACAUGGUGAAACCCUGUCUCUACUAAAAAUACAAAAAUUAGCUGGGCAUGGUGGCUCAGACCUGUAAACCCAGCUACUUGGGAGGCUGAGACAGGAGAAUUGCUUGAACCUGAAAGGACGAGGUUGCAGCGAGUCAAGAUGGUACCACUGUACUCCAGCCUGGGAGCAAGACUCCAUCUCAAAAAAAAAAAAGUUAUUCGGCUUCUCGGGGGACUCAAGAUGGCGCUGUGAGAACAACCCAGGAUUGGAGCCCGCGUUGAAUUCGCAAACGGUGAGUCAGUGCUGCAUUUCCAGACUGAUCUUUGUUGCCCACAGAACGGGGAAACUCCCAAGUAUAAAAAGACACGGGACGCCAGGCAGUAGGUCUGCCUGGCGAAGCCGGCAGCCGGGGCGGCGGCGGCCGGCCCUACCCAGCAAUCCCCACAGGGCGCGCUUUCCGGGUGCCUUGUUGAACCGGCAACCUGAGACUUGAGAGGGCUGGACUUGAGACUGAACGAGACUUGCACAGUAGCCCAGCCCAGGGGAUUGCCGGGACAGAUCGUUUGGGAUACCCAGUGGGACGAACAAAACCGCGAUUUCAAACUAUCCCGGGCAGACGGUCCGAGACGCUCUGUGGGGGAGGGGCAUCCUCCACUACGGAGGCAACCUGCCCCAACUGAUAUACACGCCCACUGCUGAGGCAGCCAGCCGUUGCCGAGGCAACCCGUCCCUACUGAGAUACACGCCCACUGCUGACGCAGCCUGCCGUUGCUGAGGCAACACGCUACAAGGAAGAGACUCCGCCGCAGGGCGUGGCGGAGACCACAGCAGAGCCGGCAGGAACAGCGCGAAUCACACAACAGCAGGGCGGAGCCUCGGCAGCCAAACAGUGGCUAGUCUGCCUUUGAGCUGGGCAGGACACCUGAUCGGACAUCCAAAAAUAAAGCCCAAACCCCUCAACACAGAGCAUUUGAGAAAAAAAAAAAGGGUUGUUUAAUGAGCUGUGUUGCAGCAGAAUCAAACAUAGCAGCCUAACAGCCCUGAAUGAACAACAGAGUGCACAGCUCAGCAAUUAAACCCCUAUAAAGUACAAACUGUCUCCUCAAGCAGCUCCCUGACCCCUCUAUAUCCAAAAGACUGUCAUUAGGCAGGCAUCAUCCUGGGACAAAGAGAGCAGAAAAAGAAACUGGUAGCAUCCCUCGCUGUGCCACGGCUACUAGAGGUGCACCCCAGAGAAGCAGGGUCUGGAGCGGACCUCAACAGUCGUACAGCGAAGGGGCUAGACUGGUAGAAGGAAAACCAAGCAACAGAAAUACUUCGUCAUCAACAUUCUGGGUGUCCACUCAGAGACCCAAACGAAAAGUCAGCAACUACGCAGACGACCAGCGGACAAAUCCACAAAGAUGGGAAGAAACCAGCGCAAAAAGGAGGAAAACACCCGAAACCAGAACACAUCGCCUCCUAGAAAGGACCAAAACUCCUCACCAGCAAGGGAACAAAGCUGGACGGAGAAUGACUGUGACGAAAUGACGGAAUUAGACUUCAGAAGAUGGAUAAUGAGAAACUUUUGUGAGCUAAAAGAUCAUGUAUUAAAUCAAUGCAAAGAAACUAAGAACCUUGAAAAAAGAUUUGAAAAAAGAUUCGAGGAAAUGAUAACAAGAAUGGAUACCUUAGAGAGGAAUAUGAAUGAAUUAAAGGAGCUGAAAAACACAAUACGAGAACUUCGCGAAGCAAACGCAAGUUUCAAUAGCCGAAUUGACCAAGCAGAAGAAAGAAUAUCUGAAGUCGAAGACCAACUCAAUGAAAUAAAACGAGAAACCAAGAUCAGAGAAAAAAGCGCAAAAAGGAAUGAACAAAGUCUCCAAGAAAUGUGGGACUAUGUGAAAAGACCUAACCUACGUUUGAUAGGUGUACCAGAAGGGGACGAAGAGAAUGAAUCCCAGCUGGAAAAUACUCUUCAGGACAUCAUCCAGGAAAAUUUCCCCCACCUAGCAAGACAAGCCAACACUCAAUUGCAGGAAAUACAGAGAACACCACAAAGAUAUUCCGCAAGAAGAGCAACCCCAAGGCACAUAAUCGUCAGAUUCAACAGGGUUGAAAUAAAGGAGAGAAUACUAAGGGCAGCCAGAGAGAAAGGUCGGGUCACCCACAAAGGGAAGCCCAUCAGACUCACAGCAGAUCUCUCGGCAGAAACACUACAAGCCAGAAGAGAGUGGGGGCCAAUAUUCAACAUUCUUAAAGAAAAGAACUUUCAACCCAGAAUUUCAUAUCCAGCCAAACUGAGCUUCAGAAGUGAAGGAAGAAUAAAAUCCUUUGCGAACAAGCAAUUACUCAGAGAUUUUGUCACCACCAGGCCUGCUUUACAAGAGCUCCUAAAAGAGGCACUACACAUAGAAAGGAACAAGCAGUACCAGCCAUUCCAAAAUCACACUGAAUGCUAAAGAGCUUCAACAUAAUGAAGAAUCUACAACAACUAACAGGCAAACCAGCCACUUAGAAUCAAAAUGGCAGUAUCAAAUUCACACAUAACAAUAUUAACCCUAAAUGUAAAUGGACUAAAUGCACCAAUCAAAAGACACAGACUGGCAAAUUGGAUAAAAAUCCAAAACCCAUCAGUGUGCUGUAUCCAGGAAACCCAUCUCACAUGCAAGGAUACACAAAGGCUCAAAAUAAAGGGAUGGAGGAAGAUUUACCAAGCUAAUGGAAAGCAAAAAAAAGCAGGAGUUGCAAUUCUCAUCUCUGAUAAAAUAGACUUUAAAGCAACAAAGAUCAAAAGAGACAAAGAAGGCCAUUACAUAAUGGUAAAAGGAUCGAUACAACAAGAAGAGCUAACGAUCCUAAACAUAUAUGGACCCAACACAGGAGCACCCAGAUACAUAAGGCAAGUUCUUGAUGACUUACAGAAGGACUUAGACUCCCACACAAUAAUAGUGGGAGACUUUAACACUCCACUGUCAAUACUAGACAGAUCAACCAGACAGAAAAUCAACAAGGAUACCCAGGGCUUGAACUCAGACCUGGAGCAAGCAAACCUGGUGGACAUUUACAGAACUCUCCACCCCAAAUCCACAGAAUACACAUUCUUCUCAGCACCACAUCACACCUACUCUAAAAUUGACCACAUAAUUGGAAGUAAAGCACUGCUCAACAAAUGCAAAACAACUGAAAUCAUAACAAACAGCCUCUCCGACCAUAGUGCAAUCAAGUUAGAACUCAGAAUUCAGAAACCGACCCAGAACCGCACAGCUUCAUGGAAACUGAACAACUGGCUCUUGAAUGUUGACUGGGUAAACAACGAAAUGAAGGCAGAAAUAAAGAAGUUCUUCGAAACCAAUGGGAACGAAGACACAACGUGCCAGAACCUCUGGGACACAUUUAAAGCAGUCUCUAGAGGAAAGUAUAUAGCAAUAAGUGCCCAUAUGAGGAGAAUGGAGAGAUCCAAAAUUGACACCCUAUCGUCAAAAUUGAAAGAGCUAGAGGAGCAAGAUCAAAAAAACUCAAAACCCAGCAGAAGACAAGAAAUUACUAAGAUCAGAGCUGAGCUGAAGGAGAUUGAGACACGAAAAACCCUUCAAAAAAUCAAUAAAUCCAAGAGCUGGUUUUUUGAAAAGAUCAACAAAAUAGACAGACCACUAGCCAGAUUGAUUAAAAAUAAAAGAGAGAACAACCAAAUAGAUGCAAUAAAAAAUGAUAAAGGGGAAAUCACCACAGAUUCCACAGAAAUUCAAACCAUCGUCAGAGAAUAUUACAAACAACUCUAUGCACAUAAACUAGUAAACCUGGAAGAAAUGGAUAAAUUCCUGGACUCCUGUGUCCUCCCAAGCCUAAACCAGGAGGAAGCUGAAACUAUGAAUAGACCAAUAACAAGGUCUGAAGUUGAGGCAGCAAUUAAGAGCCUACCUCACAAAAAAAGCCCAGGUCCAGAUGGGUUCACAGCCGAAUUCUACCAGACACACAAGAAGGAGUUGGUACCAUUCCUUCUAAAACUAUUUCAAACAAUCCAAAAAGAGGGAAUCCUUCCCAAAUCAUUUUAUGAGACCAACAUCAUCCUGAUACCAAAACCCGGCAGAGACCCAACGAGAAAAGAAAACUUCAGGCCAAUAUCCAUGAUGAACAUAGAUGCAAAAAUCUUCAAUAAAAUAUUGGCAAGCCGACUGCAACAGCAAAUCAAAAAACUUAUUCAUCAUGAUCAAGUAGGAUUCAUCCCAGGGAUGCAAGGCUGGUUCAACAUACGCAAGUCUAUCAACGUAAUUCACCACAUAAACAGAACCAAAAACAAAAACCACAUGAUUAUCUCAAUUGACGCAGAGAAGGCAUUUGACAAAAUUCAACAGGCCUUUAUGCUAAAAACCCUCAAUAAACUCGGUAUCGAUGGAAUGUAUCUCAAAGUAAUAAAAGCUAUUUAUGACAAACCAACAGCCAAUAUCAUACUGAAUGGGCAAAAACUGGAAGCAUUCCCUUUGAAAUCUGGUACUAGACAAGGAUGCCCUCUCUCACCACUCCUAUUCAAUAUAGUACUGGAAGUUCUAGCCAGAGCAAUCAGGCAAGAAAAAGAAAUAAAGGGUAUUCAAAUAGGAAAGGUGGAAGCCAAAUUGUCUCUAUUUGCAGACGACAUGAUAGUAUACCUAGAAGACCCCAUCGCCUCAGCCCAAAAACUCCUGAAACUGAUAAACAACUUCAGCAAAGUCUCAGGAUAUAAAAUCAAUGUGCAAAAAUCACAAGCAUUCGUCUACACCAAUAACAGACUUAAAGAAAGCCAAAUCAAGAGCGAACUGCCAUUCACAAUUGCUACAAAAAGAAUAAAAUACCUUGGAAUACAACUCACAAGGAACGUAAGGGACCUCUUCAAGGAGAACUACAAAUCACUGCUCAACGAAAUCAGAGAGGACACAAACAGAUGGAGAAACAUUCCAUGUUCAUGGUUAGGAAGAAUUAAUAUCGUGAAAAUGGCUAUACUGCCCAAAGUAAUUUACAGAAUCAACGCUAUCCCCAUCAAGCUACCAUUGACUUUCUUCACAGAACUGGAAAAAACCACCAUGAACUUCAUAUGGAACCAAAAGAGAGCCCGCAUAGCCAAGUCAAUUCUAAGCAAAAAGAACACAGCGGGGGGCAUCACACUACCGGAUUUCAAACUAGACUACAAGGCUACAGUAAUCAAAACAGCAUGGUACUGGUACCAAAACAGAGAUAUAGACCAAUGGAACAAAACAGAGGCACCGGAGGCAACACAACAUACAUACAACUAUACAAUCUUUGAUAAACCUGACAAAAACAAGCAAUGGGGCAAGGAUUCCAUGUUUAACAAAUGGUGUCGGGAAAACUGGCUAGCCAUGUGCAGAAAGCAGAAACUGGACCCCUUCCUGACACCUUACACUAAAAUUAACUCCAGAUGGAUUAAAGACUUAAACAUAAGACCUGGCACCAUAAAAACCCUAGAAGAAAAUCUAGGCAAAACUAUCCAGGACAUAGGAGUAGGCAAGGACUUCAUGAAAAAAACACCAAAAGCAUUGGCAACAAAAGCCAAAAUAGACAAAUGGGACCUAAUGAAACUCCACAGCUUCUGCACGGCAAAAGAAACAGUCAUUAGAGUGGAUCGGCAACCAACAGAAUGGGAAAAAAUUUUCGCAGUCUACCCAUCUGACAAAGGGCUGAUAUCCAGAAUUUACAAACAACUCAAGCAGAUUUACAGGAAAAAAACAAACAAGCCCAUUCAAAAGUGGGCAAAGGAUAUGAACAGAUACUUUACGAAAGAAGACAUAUAUGAGGCCAACAAUCAUAUGAAAAAAUGCUCAUCGUCACUGGUCAUCAGAGAGAUGCAAAUCAAAACCACAUUGAGAUACCAUCUCACGCCAGUUAGAAUGGCGAUCAUUAAAAAAUCUGGAGACAACAGAUGCUGGAGAGGAUGUGGAGAAAAAGGAACACUUUUACACUGUUGGUGGGAGUGUAAAUUAGUUCAACCAUUGUGGAAGACAGUGUGGCGAUUCCUCAAGGCCUUAGAAAUAGAAAUUCCAUUUGACCCAGCAAUCCCAUUACUGGGUAUAUAUCCAAAAGACUAUAAAUCGUUCUACUAUAAGGACACAUGUACACGAAUGUUCAUUGCAGCACUGUUUACAAUAGCAAAGACCUGGAAUCAACCCAAAUGCCCAUUGAUAAUAGACUGGAUUGGAAAAAUGUGGCACAUAUACACCAUGGAAUAUUAUGCAGCAAUCAGAAAUGAUGAGUUCGUGUCGUUUGUAGGGACAUGGAUGAAUCUGGAAAACAUCAUCCUCAGCAAACUGACACAAGAACAGAAAAUGAAACACCGCAUAUUCUCACUCAUAGGUGGGUGAUGAAAAAUGAGAACACAUGGACACAGAAAGGGGAGUACUAAACACUGGGGUCUAUUGGGGAGAAAAGGGGAGGGCCAGUGGGAGGGGGAGGUGGGGAGGGGUAGCCUGGGGAGAAAUGCCAAAUGUGGGUGAAGGGGAGAAGAAAAGCAAAGCACACUGCCAUGUGUGUACCUACGCAACUGUCUUGCAUGCUCUGCUCAUGUACCCCAAAACCUAUAAUCCAAUAAAAAAUUAAAAAAAAAAAAAAAAAAAAAAAAAAGUUAUUCAUUGCGGGCCACGCUUGUAAUUUCAGCACUUUGGGAAGCAAAGGCAGGUGGAUCACGAGGUCAGGAGUUCAAGACCAUCCUGGUCAACAUGGUGAAACUCCAUCUCUACUAAAAUACAAAAAAUUAGCCAGGCAUGUUGGUGGGCAUCUGUAAUCCCAGCCACUUGAGAGGCUGAGGCAGGAGAAUUGUUUGAAUCUGGGAGGCGAAGUUGCAAGAUCACGCCAUUACACUCCAGCUUGGGUGACAGAGCAAGACUCUGGCUCAAAAAGAAAAAAAGAAGGAAGACUUUACUUCCGGAGUUCUCCAUAGGUGUUUCAGUGGCUUCACAAAUGUUUAAUUUUUAUGAAAAAAAAACCUUAGACCCUUAAGCAAUCUCUCCAAGAUUGCUGGAGUAACUUUUAUGAAACUUCUUUUGCUUAAGGGUCUAAGGUUUUUGCUCUGGAGACACUCGGGGUAUGUUAUCUGCUAGAUCUGGCUUAGAAGGCUUGCUCAUGGCUGCUUUCUAGGUAACCAAACCAAAUGUUGAGCAUAUUCAGGGUUUCACCAAGUACUCCAAAAACAAGACCAAAUGUAAUCAAAAGUUAGGAAGAAAGACAUUAGGAGAUGGCGUAAAAUGAUACCAGCAUGCACAAUGUUAUUCAUUUCAGCAUCGCUAAUGACAGCAAAAGACUAGAAGCAACUCACAUGUCCAUCAACAAGUGUCUUGCCAACAAAUUAUGAUACAUUCUCACCAUUGGCAACUAUGAAGCUACAAAAGAAUGAGGAAGGAUUUUUUGUAGCCAAAUGAAAUGACCUCCAAAGAAUAAUGUUAAGUGAAAAACAAUAAAAAAUCAAUUCUCUUGCCUCAGCCUCCUGAAGAGCUGAGGCAGAAAGGUUGGUAUUGUCUAUUAUGUCCUCAAAAAUAUUUAUAUGGCUGGGCAUGGUGACUCAUGCCUGUAAUUCCAGCACUUUGGGAGGCCAAGGCAGGCGGAUCACGAAGUCAGGGGAUCAAGACCAUCCUGGAUAACAAGGUGAAACCCUAUCUCUACUAAAAAUACAAAAAAUUAGCCAAGCCUGCUGGCACAUGCCUGUAGUUCCAGCACCUUGGGAGCUGAAGCAGGAGAAUCACAUGGGAGGUGAAGGUUGCGGUGAGCCGAGGUCUUGCCACUGCACUCCAGCCUGGGCGACAGAGUGAGACUCAGUCUCAAAAAAAAAAGUCGGGGAAAACAUGCAUAUUUGCUUGCAAAUGCAUGAGUAUCUCUGGAAGGACACACAAGGAACUGGUGACACUGGCUGACACUGAUGUAAACUAGAUGAGUGGGGACAGUGGUAGAGGGAGGCUUUUCAUCGAAUUCCCUUUUGUAUCUUUCACAGUUUGAACCAUAUACAUGUAUUACCUUUGCAAAAACUGUAAUUAAAUUUUAUUCAUUUCAUUAUUAAAAUUAUUUUUAGACCAGCAUUGAUAAGUAGGAACAAGAUAGGACAUCUUGUAAUAAAUAAAACAAAGGGCUAGAAGAUUUUUUUUUUUUAAGACUGAGGCAUGCUGUGUCGCCAAGGCUGAGGCACAAUGGCACAAUCCUGGCUCAUUGCAACCUCUGCCUCCUGGGUCCCAGCGAUUCUCCUGCCUCAGCCUCCAGAGUCUCUGAGAUCACAGGCACCCACUACCUCACCCAGCUAAUUUUUUUGUAUUUGUAGUAGAGAUGGGGUUUCGCCAUUUUGGCCAGGCUGGUCUCAAACUCCUGACCUCAGGUGAUCCACCCACUUUGGUCUCCCAAAUUAGCAUUACAGGUGUGAGUCACCACACCCAGCCUAGAAGAUUUCAGUUACAAUGAUUGGCUAUUAAACCAUCAGGAUUAACCAGUUAAGUGUCACUACAUUUGGUCUUUUACUGCAAAGAAAGCUGAAAUGAAAUUUCUGCUUUGGUGAAGCCAUUACAUAACCUACAUUUCUGUGAUUAAUUUCAGUUCAUAACCAUUGCUUCUUCUUGUAGCAAGACCUCAGAAGUAGUCCAGACACACUAAUGAAUAGAAACUUUGUGGUUUCCCUGAAUAUCUGAUGGUGGUUGAGUGCCUAUUUUCAGAAAGUUUUUGCAUUAUUUACCCAUUUAACAAAUCUCUUUUUUGGGGGUCGGGCGGGACGGAGUCUCACUCUGUCACCCAGGCUGUAGUGCAGUGGCACAAUCUCAGCUCACUGUAACCUUGACCUCCCGGGUUCAAGCGAUUUUCCUGCCUCAGCCUCCCAAGCAGCUGUGAUUACAGGCACGCACCACCAUGCCCAGCUAAUUUUUGUAUUUUUAGUAGAGAUGGGGUUUCACUAUGUUGGUCAGGCUGGUCUUGAACUCCUGACUUCAGGUGAUCUGUCAUCCCUCCCAAGGUGCUGGGAUGAUCAGCGUGAGCCAUCGUGCCCAGCAGCAAAUCCCUUUUGAAUCUCCACUUGCUGCAUCCCACAGUGCUGGGUGCUUCAGGGUGGGAGCAUGGGGUCAGCCUCUGGUGUCAGACGGAGUUCAAGUCCAGAUCAGGCUUAUAACUAGUUGCAGAAUCUUGGGGGGUUUUUUGUUGUUGUUGUUGUUUUUUGUUUUGGUUUUGGUUUCGGUUUCGGUUUUGAGGUGUUUUUGUUUUUGCCAGGGUCAUGCUGUGUUGCCCAGGCUGAAUGCAGUGGCAGCAAUCACGGCUCACUGCAGACUUCAACUCCUGGGCUCAAGUGAUCUUCCCACCUCUGCCUCUCAAGUACCUGGGACUACAGACACAUACCGUCUGCCAUCAUGUCUGGCUAUUUUUUUUUUUUUUUUUUGUAGAGUCCGGGUCUCCUAUGCUGCCCAGGCUGGUGUCAAAUUCCUGGCCUCAAGCAAUCCUCUGGCCUCAGUCUCCCAAAGUGCUGGGACUGCAGGCAUGAACCACUGUGUUUGGCCCCAGCUGUGCGAUCUUGGGCAAAUUACUUGUCUCUGCAUCUCGGUUUCCUCAUCUGUGACAAAUGCACACAACAAUAUCUACCACAUAGGGCUGGAUAAGGAUUAAAUGAAAUAAUAUAUGCGAAUUCUUGCAGAUGCUCAAAAAAUAUAUUGUGUUCUUCCUUUCCCUUCAAGGUGCUUUGUGUCUUGCUAUACUCAGAACUUUUUAUUUACAAGGCAGCUUUUUGUAAUAAAUAAGUGAUAUAAAUAGCAUAUAUCACAGGACAGUAGUUCCUAACUAGCAGUUUGUAUCAACAGCAAAUGAAAACCUUCUCAUAAAGUUCUUCUUUGGUCUACUCACUCAGCGUCAUCAAGGGCAGGGCUAGGACAUAGCAAUGCAGUGUGUACCUGUUGCCUGUAUAAAUAGGUAAUACAUGCGAUGAUUAAAAUUUUAAAUAACAUAAAGGGGAGGCCACCACCGUCGCCACCGCCACCGCUGCCGCAGCCAUCUGUCACCUUUGCUCUGGCACUAGCAGCCAGUCGCCCCUGCCCUGCCCAUCUCCGAGGCAGAGCCUACUUCCUGUCCUGCCACCUCUCUGCUCUGUUUUUGUCGCUGCCUUCAUCCCCCAAUGGAUCUGGUAGGAGUGGCAUCGCCUGAGCCCGGGCCAGCAGCGGCCUGGGGACCCAGCAAGUGUCCGUGGGCUAUCGCUCAAAAUACAAUAUCUAGUUCUUUGGCUGAGGUAAUGAGUGAACAGCUGGCCAAAGAAUUGCAGUUAGAAGAAGCAGCUGCUGUUUUUCCUGAAGUUGCUGUUGCCGAAGGACCAUUUAUUACUGGAUAAAACAUUGAUACUUCCAGUGACCUUAUGCUGGCUCAGAUACUAUUGAUGGACUUUGACAGAGAAUAUGAUGCACAGCUUAGGUGUGAAGAAAAAACAUUCAAUGGAGAUAGCAAAGUUUCCAUUUCCUUUGAGAAUUAUCGAGAAGUGCAUCCUUAUGAAGACAGCGAUAGCUCUGAAGAUGAGGCUGACUGGCAGGUACUCAGGAUGAUCCAUCCCUACAGACCAGCAAAACCGGCUCCCACUCCUAAAAAGGGUUUUAUUGGAAAAGGAAAAGAUAUCACCACCAAACAUGAUGAAGUAGUAUGUGGGAGAAAGAAUACAGCAGGAAUGGAAAAUUUUGCACCUGAGUUUCAGGUAGGGGAUGAAUUGAAAUGGACUUAAAACUAUCAAACCAUGUUUCCGAUGCUUUAUAACAACAUGCCUACUCAGAAGAAUGUCAAAGUGCCCAGCUACAUGAAAAAAAGGAGCAUUCAACAGCAGAAAAAGCAGUUGAUCCUAAGACACGUUUGCUUAUGUAUAAAAUGGUGAACUCUGGAAUGCUGGAGACAAUCACUGGCUGUAUUAAUACAGGAAAGGAAUCUGUUGUCUUUCAUGCAUAUGGUGGGAGCACGGAGGAUGAAAAGGAAGACAGUAAAGUUAUACCUACAGAAUGUGCCCUCAAGGUAUUUAAAACAACACUUAAUGAGUUUAAGAAUCGUGACAAAUAUAUUAAGGAUGAUUUCAGGUUUAAAGAUUGCUUCAGCAAACUACAUCCAUGUAAGAUCAUCUGCAUGUGGGCAGAAAAAGAAAGGCACAAUCUCACAAGAAUGCAGACAGCUGAAAUUUCUUGUCCAACAAUUGUACUACUCAAGAAACACAUUUUUCUUAUGUCUUUUGUUGGCCAUGAUCAAGUUCCAGCUUCUAAAUUAAAAGAAGUAAAGCUCAAUAGUGAAGAAAUGAAAGAAGCCUACUAUCAAACUCUUCAUCUGAUGCAGCAGUUAUAUAACGAAUAUACACUCAUCCACGCUGACCUCAGUGAAUACAACAUGCUGUGGCAUGCUAGAAAGGUCUGGUUGAUUGAUGUCAGUCAGUCAGUAGAACCUACCCAUCCUCAUGGCCUGGAGCUCUUGUUCCAGGACUCAGGAAUGUCUCGCAGUUUUUCCAGAAAGGAGGAGUCAAGGAAGCCCUUAGUGAACUCUUCAAUGCUGUUUCAGGCUUAAACAUCUCAGCAGAUAAUGAAUCUGAUUUUUUAGCUGAGAUAGAAGCUUUGGAGAAAAUGAAUGAAGAUCACAUUCAGAAGAAUGGAAGGAAAGCUGCUUCAUUUUUGAAAGAUGAUGGAGACCCACCAGGACCAUAUGAUGAACAGCACUAAUACCCACUGCUUCAGUGUUAACGCACCAGUGAUCAUCAGCUGCCAAUAGCAAAUGAAGUUAUGGGUGACCUGAAAUACCAAAACAUGAAGAGUGGACAAUGGUGCUUAUGUGCUUUGUCCCCCUUAUAAUCCGUGUGCCAGAUGUGUGGAAUUUUUAGCUCAGCAUUGAGAGAAUAAAAUGUCACUACCUCUCA